GGGAGACCAGAUAUAGUGAAUGCAGGGUCCGGGGAGACCAGAUAUAGUGAAUGCAGGGUCCGGGGAGACCAGAUAUAGUGAAUGCAGGGUCCGGGGAGACCAGAUAUAGUGAAUGCAGGGUCCGGGGAGAGUGGAUAUAGUGAAUGCAGGGGUCCGGGGAGACCAGAUAUAGUGAAUGCAGGGUCCAGGGAGACCAGAUAUAGUGAAUGCAGGGUCCAGGGAGACCAGAUAUAGUGAAUGCAGGGUCCAGGGAGACCAGAUAUAGUGAAUGCAGGGUCCAGGGAGACCGGAUAUAGUGAAUGCAGGGUCCAGGGAGACCAGAUAUAGUGAAUGCAGGGUCCAGGGUGACCAGAUAUAGUGAAUGCAGGGUCAGGGGAGA